AUGCAUAACCAACAAUUCCGGUGUGGAGAAAGAGUCAUCAGUCUCCAUGUCCAGCGCGAUCCCAAUGGCACCCGCUACAGCGUCAUGGACGACAUCACCAACAGCUUUCCUGAUGCCACCGGGUUCAAGGUCGGCGGAGACGACGUCGUGUUCCUGAAAGACGAAAACGGUAACCUGUACUCGCCCAGCAGGAUUGCCCACUUUCCCGACCAGUUUGUCGACGUCGUCACCGACCAUGACCCUUACUUCCCUCUCAGCCCACCAGAAAGCCUCAGGAGCGGCGUCUACUCUCACCACCACCGCAACAGCAGCACCAGCUCCCUCGCCAGCUCCUUUAUGGCAGUUCCUACAACCCCAGGACGCGCGCGCUCCCCUUCUUCCCCCGAAUCCAUGAUUCCACCUUUUUCGCCCAUGUCUUUGUCACCAGGAUACACGUCCCCCGGAGCCAUGGCCACGAUGGGCCUUCGAUCCCCGCCCGACUCAUCCAACUCGAGUCGACUCUACCCGCUUCCAUCCAUUACUGUGUUCCCCGGCGUAGAAUCGGCCCUCCAGUUCUAUGUCCCUCCACCCAGCCCCGAGCCAGUCGUGAUGGGGACCUAUUCGGCCACUGAAGUCGCUGCCGAAUUGUCGCGAAUUUUGAUGGAGGGACACUCCGCCGCUAUGAUGAACCUCAUGGAUAACUUUCACAAGCUGGCCCAGUGCCAUCACGACAUCGUAACUAAGUCCCAACACGAGCUUAUAACUAAGGUCGACAAAGUUCUCGAAGGACAGGACGAAUCCAAAGGACGGGACGACGAGAUGCUUCGCCGGCAACUGCAAACCAACGAUCAACUCAAGGUCGUCCAGCAGGGUAUCGACGCCGUCCUGACCCAGAAUUAUGAGCUCCACGAGUACCCUAUCCCACGGUUGUUUGUUAUCCUGCCAGAAAAGAAACUCGACAGCAAGGGCAAGUCAUUCUUCGACACCUUCAAAGGCAAGAGCCUUUUCCAAGAAAAGUUUCGUCUUUAUUUUCUGUGCGAGUGCGGCGAUCGCAAGAAAGGCGACGAACACUACAACCGUCAUACCCUCGAUACAAGUGGACCUGGAAAAAUGGACGAGAAGCAUCCCGAGCGGAUCCACCUGGCUGAUCACGAGGGCUACGAGAUCUCGCGGCCGAAAAAGUUCUUUGAGCAGUAUGGGCGCUAUGUUCUCGGUGUGCUCAGAGUCUUGCAGGUCUGCGUCUACGCCGCUUCCGUUAUCGCCCCGCCUGUGGUCCACCUGGUCACGGAAAUGGACGUGUUCGCGCGUGUGGCCGAGGCGGUGACCAAGAACACUCUGGAUGCUGUCGAUGUGUCGAUCGAAUAUCUUCGGACGAACCUUAGUCAGGAAGGGCUCUUGGAAUCGUCUGAGUUGGGAAACACCCCUAGCCAGGACGCCAACGUGUCGGCCAACAGCCUCAAGGCCCUGGAAGGAGCGGACCUUCGACAGCUGGAUACUUUUUUGCGGAACAAAGACAAGGACAAGAUUCUCGGGAAGUUGUAUAGGAUCACCACCUCCAAGGGUCACGUCAAGUGGGUCUGUCUGGAACAUUACCGCUACUCGUAUCAGGCUAUGAGCAUGAGCUCUUUUCGCAGGACAGUGCAGCUCCACCGAGGCCUGUACGAACCGUAUCUGUGCAAGGUGACCAUCACACUUCCAACCUUUAUUGUGGCCGAGGACUUUAUGGACCACCUGGUGGAACAAGAAUCGACCAUCAACGAACUCGACGUGACUCUCAAAUGGGCCUUCAACACCUCGGAGCUUCACAAGAUCGUAAAGACCAUCUGCCGCUCCAAGACCAGGGUCCUGAAACUGGACUUGUCGGACCGCAACAAUCGGAUCCCGUACGAAAAAGCUGCUGAUCGGUACUGGCCCUUGUUGGAUCUUUUCGGAAACACGAACCUCCAGAGUUUGUCGUUGCAGGGAAUCAUAUCGUUCGGCUUCCGUACUAUCGAUCUACCUCCACACGAGCCGCCGUCUCGUCUUCGCACCUACCACCACCUCAACGGAAUCGGGGAUAAGGACAUCGACAGAAUUUCCAACAUUCUAUUGCACUGUCCAAACCUGGUCGACCUCAGGCUAGGAUCCGACUUGGGAUCUCGUGUCGAUGACCAGCUCUGUCAAGCCAUCAAGUCUCUCAAGCAUUUGGAGGUACUCUACCUCUGGAACUUCAAGCACCGCACCGAGUCUGAGGUCAAGGGUCUCCUUUCGAGUGUGGUCCAAGGCACUGAAAUCUUGAGGGAGCUUGUGAUCGUCAACACGGUCGUCGAUGCCGUGGAGUUGGAGACCCUGGUGCAGGCAUUCUCAAGAACCCUGGAGGUGCUGAUUCUGGACCCGGUCUACAGCGAGUUCAACUUGGCCACCAUCAUGCGAAACGAGUCUGCCCGCUCUCAGACGAGACCCUCACCACCAACUCCUCCUCCAAAGCCAACUGCUUCUGGCUGGAAAGAUCCACCCAAGCCUGAAAAGGCGCCAGCAGCCACCAAAGUUAUCCCAUUCUCGAAACUUCGACAAAUCCACCUGAACACCGAUCUCUCCGAUGACUCGAACCAACAGCUGGCUCGAAUCAUGCCGCUCCUGUCACUGACGCAUCUCGGCCUUUACAAGAGCAAAUCCACGGAGGCCGUCAUCAAGGCCACCGACUUUACGUCAGUCCGCUCGGUUUACUUUUGCAAGUUUACUGGUGCGGAUUUGGUUCCAAUGUGGAAGUCGUUCCCCGAGACGGGCUUUGGAGGAUCGAACCAGAUCGAUUCGAUCUCGCUGGAGCGGCUCAAGUCCCCUGGAUCUGGUACUGUCCUCGAGUGUCUUUCCAAGGUUGCGAUCAAGCGUCUGUGGAUAGGAGGUAUGCGGUCGAGUUACCUGAAGGCAUUGUUCAACACCCUCAACCUGUCCAAGCUUGAGGUGCUGGCGAUUGUCAACUGCGAGUACAAAUGGGAGACGGAGGAGGUUCUUGUAAGGCGGCAGAUGCAGUUUUCGAAGGAGCUGCAGGUCUAUUUGGCUCACAACAACCAGUGCAGUGACGUUGGAGAUGCUGACGCUUACAAGACAAAUACCCGAGGCGACCAGAGUACUUAUUAUACCCGGUUACGUCCCCAUAUGGUCUGGACCUAUACCGAUGUUAACGAUAUGAACUUGCGUCAUAAGUUGAUGGUUAGGAUGGAGUAG